AUGUGGACACUAAGCAAAGUAGCUGUGAAAACUGGAGGACCUGUAACUAUUCCAUGCUAUUACGCUAGUCAAUACACAUCAUCCAAUAAAUACUGGUGUCAGGGGGAUGCCAGGAUAAACUGCAGGAUAGUAGCCUAUGCAACUACAUACGGACAAACAUCAGUUAUUGAUGAUUCAGCCAGGAAUUUGUUCAUUGUGAAAAUGUACAGUGUGUAUUACUCUGGAUAUUACUGGUGUGCUGUGGAGCAAUUUGGUCCAGACGACAUGUCUCAGGUGUACCUAACAGUUAGUCAAAAUCCUGGUUUAUCAGUGCUGGACAGUGAAGUAUGGGGUGUGAUUAAGGGCAGCGUCACAAUUCAGUGUUUCUACACUGCUGCAUAUCGGUAUGAUAAAAAAAUGUGAUGCGAUGCUGAAGAGUGGAAAUGCUACGUAGAGGGGAGGACUAGUAGAUUCCAGAAUUCAGCAGUGGAGAUUACAGAUGAUAGGCGGAGCUCAUUCACUGUGCAGAUUACUGGACUGAGGAGAAGUGAUACUGGUUAAUACUGGUGCAGUGCAGGAAAUCUGCAGGUUCCUGUUCACCUCAGCAUCACUGAUCCAGUUCCAGGUAUCAGCACCAACUGGGACCUUCUGAAACACUUAACAUGGCUUAACAACUAUUAA